UUCUCUCUCUUUCAUCAGCUCUCUCCCGCCGCACUCCUCUCCUCCAGCUCCGGCGCCCAUGGCCGAGCUCGCCCCUGAUGUCGCGUCUUGCUCCCUGGCGCAGCAAGCUCGCCGCGCCCUGAACUCCCUGGCCGCGGCUUUCUCUCCUACUCCAUCUCCCAGGCGCGCCCAUCCCCUCUGCUCCCCUGCGCGCCGACUUCCUCUGCUCGCUCGUGCCCGGCCGAGUUCACUGGCCACUGCGCCCUGCCGAGGUCCCUCCACGGUCGAGUGCUCCUUCUCCAUGCGUUCAGCCAGCGUCUGGUGCCUCUCCCUUCCUAACUGCGGCCACAAUUGGAGCUCGUCGGCGUGCUCUGCCGCAGAGCUCGCCAUUGUCUCCCUGCUCGCGAGUUGUUCCUGGGCGUGUUGUUCCUGGCCGGUCAAGUCUCUCCUCUGCAGUGAGCUCGCCUUGCUCCCCGGCCUCCCUCCUCUUCCUCAAGUCCGGCCGUGCUCGCCCUGGUCGCGGCAGCGUCGUCCAUGGCCGGCUCCGAAUCCUGCUGACGAGUUUCUUCCCCAGCGCCGUCUGUUUGCCAGUCAUCUUCUGCUCCUUCCUGGACGCCAGUCUCGCCCGGCCACAGUCCGCUUUCCAUGGCCGCGCUUCUCUGUCCAUUCCCCAGCUCAGCGCCCAUCUGUCUGCUCCAUCAACAAUCCAGCCGGGCUCCCUCGCCGUGGAUUCUCCCUGAUGCGCGCUCGUCCUGUGUCGAGGCCUCGCUCGCCAGCGCUUCUCUCUGUUGCGCGAGUCAGUUUCCAGCGCCGUAAGGCUCCCUGUGCGUGCAUCUGUUCCUGGCCGUGGUGGUGCUGUGGCGUGGCGACGUCGUGCGCGUCGCGGCAGCCGUCCUGGCCGCAAAGCAGUCCGCGCCAUCGAAUUCGCCCAGCUGCGACCUCGCCUUGUUCCAUGCCGCGCUCGCCUCCGUGGCCGCUGCCUAGCCCAUCUCCUUGAUGUCGCACGAGCCCCCGUUGCCUAGUCCCGGUGCUCGUGCUUACCCUCGGCUAGCGUCGACGCUCGCGCGCCUCCUCGUCGUCUCUGCGGUGCACCCGCUCUCAUCCAUCGGGUUCGCGCGUGCUCGCGUUUGCUGUCGGGCCGUUGAACCCAUUUUCUCCUGCUCGACCUCGUCUUCGUCCUUCUGGUGGCCAUCGUCAAUAUAGUGCUGGACGUUUGCUGUCGGGCCGUUGAACCCAUUUUCUCCUGCUCGACCUCGUCUUCGUCCUUCUGGUGUCCAUCGUCAAUAUGGUGCCGGACUCCGCUCCUUUAUCUGGUCGCACUGGCUGUCGACCUUGUUGGUCCUUUUCGUGUCAAACCAGCAAGCUUCGCCACCGUCAUUCAACUGCUCGCCCCGUGUGUGCUCGUAAAUUUUCUUGGUCAUGUCUGCUGAGCUGAACAACGCUCCAUCUUGCCGUUAUCGCCAAGUCCCACGCAGCUAUGUUGUUCUCUCAUCGUCAUUCAUUCCUAUUUUCCUCUACCAUAUGCCACCUCGUCAUGACGCGUGUCGUCGUCUUUAAUCUCAAUAGCUCUUCCAAUACGCGCCUUGCCAUGCUUCGCCUCCUCGUAAUCAGUCCCGUCUGGGUCAUGUGGGCGGAAGAUCUCAACACCUGUCAGAUGUUCGACGACAAGCUCAAACCAGAAUUUAUCAGCGUUCUCACAAGUAUUGAGUCACGUUUGAUGCUGGUACGUGAAUUAACUACGUGAUGCGGAGAACCAGAACUAAGUUGACCUCAAGAUGGUGCAAGGAGUGGUCUUCUUCGUACAACGAUGUCGUCAGUUAGACCAACCUGAAGGGCAAACAAAACAAGUGUCAGAACAAAGGCUGAUCAUCAAGUGAUCAACGUCUAACAAUACUAACCUAGUUUUAUCCAGGCAAGCCCCGGUGCAUGCAACCCCUUUCCUUGUGUUUUUCAAUGAUUUUUACACACUUUAAGUCUAGCGAA